ACCCCGGGCUUCAUUUAUCCUGGUAGGGGACGCACUGGACUGCCAAAGGCCUGGAAUCACCUCAUUCAAUCCUUCUCUUUCUGAGGAGGUGCACGCCCCUCUCCUAGAGGCGCCUUUGGCUGAGAGUCCCUUUACCGAUUCCCACUGGCCCAAUAGAAGAAUUUGGAGGUUGCGUCCACGUAAAUCCUCUGGUGGUUCCUGUUCAGACCUCCCACAUGCAGGCUUUCACGGGCACAACCUUGCCUGCAGUUCCCCUGUAGAAGUCUCCUGCCCUCCCAUACCAACUGGGGGAAAGCAGAGCUCAGCGCAGUCCCCUUUUCUGGGCCCCACGCCUUGGCCAGACCUUGCUGGAAGAGACGUCGACUAGCCAGGGCUCCGGGAGGAAUCCCGAGGUCGGUCCCUCCUGUCCCGGGGCAACCCCGGAGUAGGAGCUCCCUGUCUCCCCACUGCAAGCUUCCAGCCCAAGAAGCUGGACUGGGGAUUCCCUCUGCACAGGCUCCGGGGGCACCACCUGAGCACAAAGGCCACACCCUCACGGGCCAGGCUUCUGCCGAAUUACCUGGACACCUGAGGUGCCCAAGCAAGGACAGGAAUAAUGAAGAGACCCUUGUGUUAGUUGCAGCCUCUUGAACCACUCAACAAGGACAUCAACGGUGUGGACAGGUCGGAACCGUUGCCAUGCUUGCCAGUCGGAGCAAAUGAGAAAUGGGCUUGUGAUUAUGCUGACAUUCCAGCAUGAAUCUGGUAGACCUGUGGUUGACCCGUUCCCUCUCCAUGUGUCUCCUCCUACAAAGUUUUGUUCUUAUGAUACUGUGCUUUCAUUCUGCCAGUAUGUGUCCCAAGGGCUGUCUUUGUUCUUCCUCUGGGGGUUUAAAUGUCACCUGUAGCAAUGCAAAUCUCAAGGAAAUACCUAGAGAUCUUCCUCCUGAAACAGUCUUAUUGUAUCUGGACUCCAAUCAGAUCACUUCUAUCCCCAAUGAAAUUUUUAAGGACCUUCAUCAACUAAGAGUUCUCAACUUGUCCAAAAAUGGCAUUGAGUUUAUCGAUGAGCAUGCCUUCAAAGGAGUAGCGGAAACCUUGCAGACUCUGGACUUGUCCGACAACCGGAUUCAAAGUGUGCACAAAAAUGCCUUCAAUAACCUGAAGGCCAGGGCCAGAAUUGCCAACAAUCCCUGGCACUGCGACUGUACUCUACAGCAAGUUCUGAGGAGCAUGGCGUCCAACCAUGAGACAGCGCACAACGUGAUCUGUAAGACUUCUGUGUUGGACGAACAUGCCGGGAGACCCUUCCUCAAUGCUGCCAAUGAUGCUGACCUUUGUAACCUUCCCAAAAAAACCACCGAUUAUGCCAUGCUGGUCACCAUGUUUGGCUGGUUCACCAUGGUGAUCUCCUAUGUGGUGUAUUACGUGAGGCAAAAUCAGGAGGAUGCCCGGAGACAUCUCGAAUACUUGAAAUCCCUGCCAAGCAGGCAAAAGAAAGCAGAUGAGCCUGACGACAUCAGCACUGUGGUAUAGCAUCCAAACUGACUGGCAUUGAGAACGAAAUGUGUUGCAUUUGAAGUAGAAUAAGUGGUUUACUUCCCUCUUCCAUUGUAAACAUUUAAAACUUUGUAUCUCAAGUUUCUUUUGAAUUACGCCACUGUUGAACUUUUAACAACCAUGACAACAUAACAAAUAAUUUUAGUUUAGGUGGCCCACCCCUUAAUUGUACCCCCCAUGGUAUAUUCCUGAGUAAGCUACUAUCUGAACAUUAGUUUAGAUCCAUCUCACUAUUUAAUAAUGAAAUUUAUUUUUUUAAUUUAAAACCAAAUAAAAGCUUAACUUUGAACCAUGGAAAA